AUGGAACUCUAUGUUAGGCUUAGGCAAUCCUGCCGCUUCGCCAGAAGUACAAAAAUAUCUGAAGCAUCAACAGAGGAACAAUUUCAAGCCCGCAUCACGCCAAAGCAAGCAGUCCCCCUAUUCUUGCCAAAAUUGUUGCUUCUGGCCCGUUUUUUGAAUCGGAAAAUCGCCGCGCACUCAAUUAAUCCUUCUGGUCUGUUUAUUUUGGCUCGAGAUCAAGCCUUUUUCAAAACAUUAUUCUUCAGCGGUGAUCGUGGUUCUGAUCUUGGAAUGGUGAAAACUGAGGAAAUCUUGCGUUUUCCCCAGGACGAUGGGCUGUUGUUCAAUCAUGUAUGUGGGAAAACUCUAAGAGACGGCACCUCUAACGUUUUCGGGAUUCGGAGACAUCUUAACCCUGAGUUGUGUCCAGUUAAAGCGAUUGAGACAUUAUAUGUUGCCGUAGCUUCUGAGUUACGGAUUUCCGUGACAAACGGCUACUUAUUGCGACGAACAAACCCCCAAGGUCAUAUUGUCAACAAACCAUUGGCAAGCUCAACAGCAUAUUAGCGUUUGAAGCUGUAUUUGAAAGAGGCUCAGAUCUACGAAGGAAAAACGCUACACAGCUUUCGUUCGGGCUCAGUAAUAACUUUGGCUUUAUCUGGCUCCAAGUUGGCGGACAUAAUGUCUCAUGUUGGAUGGAAUAACAAAGAAACCACUCUUUACUACAUGAAACUAGCAGAGGUGCUUCGUGUAGGCAGUCCCUCUCAUUUGUUAUCCGCAGAUUCUUUCGCUACAUCAGCACUGGUGGAGAACUACAUGGAACUUAACCGUCUAAAAAACUUUGUUUCCGCUUUUCCACCCACUCCUAACGUUAAUACUUAG